UGACUUGCGAGUACAGUGCAGUACAGUACGCAGUGUACAGUGUGGUGUGGUGGUGCUUCCUGACGGUAUUGUCUGCUACUCGGUACAACAACGAUUUAUUUCUCAUAACCACUGAUUGGUUUCUAUUUGUAGGAGUACAAGUAAUAGGGAACAUGGAGUGGAGUCUUUUCCAAGCAAAUAAUCUAAAACCGAUAUCUGUGAUCUUUGUGGUUCUCUUUUGUCACCUACAAGGGACCUGGUGCUUAAGUAAAGUUCAUCUACAUGUUCCGGCUGCAGUCAUGUCUGGAGAUGAUCUUACAUUGGAUUGCACUUAUACUCUGAGCCAUGAAAAGAUUAACUCCAUUAAGUAUUUUCUGGGUGGCGAGGAGAUCUAUGAAUAUAAUCCGAACAAAAAUCCUAAAUACAAAACCUACAUUGUGAAUCUCGGUACAAAUUUGUGGGGAAAUCAAUCUAUGACACUGAGGAAAGUAAAUGGAAAAUACACUGGUCUCUACAAAUGUUCAAUUCUCACAGAUAGUAUAGUGGAUGCAGAGGAAGACUCUGGUUCAGUUACAGUUGUUGACAAACCACUGGAAGCUCCAAAAAUUGACGUAGAAGAAAACGGCUUCCAAGUUGGAAAGGUGCUAAAAGCCAACUGCACAUCCAUAGGUGGCUACCCCCCGGCGAACCUUACUUGGCUUGUAAAUGGCGAGAAGGUGGCUUCCAAUGGUAUUAGCGGUCCCAAACAGUAUGUAGAGGACGGGGAAGUAGAUAUAUCUGUGAGUGAGUUGAUGUUGCCAAUAAUGAUCGCACCUCGCAGUGGCCACAUAAAGCUGACGUGUACAGCCACUCAGUACACAUUGUACAGCGUUUCUACGGAUUUACAAGUGGAUCUCAAGGAAGUAACCGUUUCAUCUUCAACUAAACUAAUGAACAUGUUUCUAGGCGUGAUGAAAGGUAAAGGAAAUGUAUUUAUUUCAGCUGUAAUGGCGUCUUCUAUAUAUCUCUUACACAUCAUUCAUUGAUGAUUUCCUUAAUAAAGGACUCAAAAAAGCUUGUGAUGCAUUGAAUGUUAAAACAUGGGUUGAUUUAUAUUAAGAAACUUUGCUUCGAAGAAAAUUUGUCAAUAUAUUUAUAGAUACUUUAUAUUUUGCCUAAAACUGUAAAACUACUAUGCAGAGAACAUAUAUGUAUACUUAAAGA